CCGCGCCCGCGCCCCCGGCCAAGAUGGCGGACGUGGAGGAGCAGCUGUCGGAUGAGGAGAAGGUGCGCAUAGCAGCAAAAUUCAUCAUUCAUGCCCCUCCUGGAGAAUUUAAUGAGGUGUUUAAUGAUGUCCGAUUACUGCUUAAUAAUGAUAAUCUUCUCAGGGAAGGAGCAGCCCAUGCCUUUGCACAGUAUAACCUGGACCAGUUUACACCAGUAAGAGUUGAAGGCUAUGAUGAACAGGUAUUAAUAACCGAGCACGGUGACUUGGGAAAUGGAAAAUUUUGGGAUCCCAGAAACCGGGUCUCUUUCAAAUUCGAUCACCUAAGAAAGGACGCCACGGAUCCGAGACCCCAGGAACCAGAAAAUGCAGUAGAAUCGUGGAGACACUCAGUUGAAACUGCGAUGCGAGCUUACGUGAAAGAGCAUUAUCCCAAUGGCGUCUGCACUGUGUACGGUAAAACGAUUGACGGACAGCAAACCAUCAUUGCCUGCAUAGAGAGCCAUCAGUUCCAAGCAAAAAACUUUUGGAAUGGCCGUUGGCGGUCAGAAUGGAAGUUUACAAUCACUCCUUCAACCACUCAGGUGGUGGGAAUCUUGAAAAUACAGGUUCACUAUUAUGAAGAUGGUAAUGUUCAGCUAGUGAGCCAUAAAGAUAUCCAGGAUUCUCUAACUGUGUCUAAUGAAGUCCAAACAGCAAAAGAAUUUAUAAAGAUUGUAGAAGCUGCAGAAAAUGAGUACCAGACUGCCAUCAGUGAGAAUUACCAAACCAUGUCAGACACUACCUUCAAGGCCUUACGUCGACAGCUGCCAGUCACACGCACCAAGAUUGACUGGAAUAAGAUCCUCAGCUACAAGAUUGGGAAGGAAAUGCAAAAUGCUUAACAUGAACAUUGCAUGACUGGAUCGUUUUAGUGUCCUUGUGUACCAAUCCAGAUUAUUACAGAAGUAUUCAGAAUCGGGGAGCCUCCUAGCCAAGAGUGGUCUUUUGCCUUGGAAUCAUUGUAAUGGAGUAGUUUGGUUAGAGCACGAAGCUUAGCUAAUGACCCUUUUUCUUUUUCAAUUUCUUGGUUCCCUGGGUUCAGGGAGGGUUGCAAAUCAAUUUAGAUGAAAAUCUCUUAGUUUCCACUGCGUUGAAGAGAUUUGGGGGAAAGAUUAUGUAUGAGUUGGGAAACGAUUUCGACGUACUGUAACCCUGUAAUUGAAGUCUGUUGCGUUAUUGAAGAAGGCAACUUCUGAAAUUUGUUGGAUCUUCAAAGGGAUCAUUGAUGGACAUUUGGAGUUUCAGGUGAUUAAUGCUGCUGAAGAAAUUGUCUGGCUCCCCCCAGACCUCCUCCACAUUGUAAGAGGAGUUUGGGGGAAAGCAUUUUCUGUAUGAAUUUGAUUUAUACCUUUCUGACUAGUUAUUUAGCUAGCUUGGUGUUUAACUGAACUGUUUUUUAAACAAGGCCAUGGUCUAAUGCUGUUUUAAGAUUUUGAAAUUAAAUGAAAACACUUAUUUCAAAAUGCAUUUAAUGCUUGGUUUCUGUGACAGUUACUCCAACGAGCUCAGUUUCCAUCUGCCCUUGAGACAUUUUUUUAUCAUGCAGCCACAAAUGUAUUAUAACAAGGCAAAUUGUAAUAUAUAAUCCUGCACUCCUGACUGUGUCUCAGUUUAUUUUUUUUCCCUUGGAUUGAAAUGUACUAAAAUUCAGUGUGACAUUAAAAUGCAAAUUUUCUAUU